AUGUCAUACAGAGGUCCUAUUCAAAACGAUUUCAACCAGCAAGACCCAAGGUUCGCUAGACAACCAUUCCCACAGCAACAGCAACAAGCACAACAAUACCCACCAUCAUCCUACAGUUAUGCUGCAAACAGACCAUCACGUCCAAUUCAACAGGGAGAACCAUUUACUAUUCAACUAAAACAUCAUUUUAACUCUUUCUUGGCAUUCACAGACAGAAUUGAAUCCUUAACGACACACCCACUCUUACAACGCAUUGAACCAUACAUCCCCACCAUCUCCCGUUUCUUCAUCGUCGCCACAUUCUACGAGGAUUCCCUUCGUAUCUUGACCCAAUGGUCUGAUCAAGUUUUCUAUCUAAACAAAUGGAAGGGGAUCCCCUACGUUUUCGUCCUCAUGUUCUUAUUGUUCAUCAUCAUCGCUAUGCCUUUAGGGUCCACGUUAUUGAUCGCAAGGAAACAUACCGUAAUCGCUACGGGUCUCUUGAUUAGUUGUAUCGUAUUGCAAGGGGUAGUAUACGGGUUGGUAUCAGGAUCUGCGUUCCUUUUGAGGAACAUUAGUGUUAUUGGUGGGUUGUUGAUUGCGUUUAGUGAUUCUAUGGUCUCAAAAAAGAUGACGUUUGGGAUGUUACCUGAAUUAGAGGAUAAAGUGGAUAAGAAUAAGAGUUUCUUAUUGUUAGUAGGGAGGAUAUUGAUUGUUUUAAUGUUUGUUGGGUUCACUUUUAGUAAGUCUUGGGUUACUGUGAUUUUCACUAUUGUUUUCACUGUAUGCUUUGCUAUUGGGUUUAGGAUUAAAUUUGCCUCGAUUAUGUUGGGGUUGAUUUUAACUUUUUACAAUGUUACUUUGAAUAAUUAUUGGUUUUAUGAUUCUACGAAGAAGGAUUUCUUGAAAUAUGAAUUUUAUCAAAAUUUAAGUAUUAUUGGAGGGCUACUUUUGGUUAUUAACACUGGAGCGGGUGAAAUCUCUGUGGAUGAAAAGAAGAAGAUAUAUUAA